AAUUUCUUAUGCCGUGUUUGUUGUAUCGAAGAGAGACGCUAAACCAAAGACACGAUUAGUACACCAAAUGUACUACAUUUUGCAUAUUCAUGACCUACCCCAUGUGUAUUCAUAACUUGACGUACAAAAUGUACUAAUGCUUUACAUAAGUCUCAAAUCUAUAGAGUGUCCGAUACAUAUUAAAUUGAUAACACUUAUUUUAAAGCGAAUGUUAAAUUACUCUCAUAUUUCAAGUAACGAAAUCAUUAUUUUAGAUAACAAAGCGUGAAGGAAAGAGUUGUUUUAAAUUUGCAUUUUAAAAUCGAACACUUUUCGACCUAGGUUCUUGUUAACAUAAAUUAAUUAAAUUAAUAGGUACAUUGCUCGUGGCAGAGUCCUACGAUAGGAAUCGAAAAGUUGAUUAUUACUUAAAGUAGCUACACUUUUCGAAUACUUAUUUUAAUUUACCAAAGACUGUGUGUGACACGUUUGUGGGUCUUCCUUCGUUGCUCUCAUCGUGUCUGGUUAAGCCAUUUGCGUUCAAUAAAGUAUCGGGUUUCGUUUUGUGCGGUACUCGCCACCGCACACGAAAACCGGUUCAAGUUCCGCGUCGAUGUCGAACAGUGUGAAUUAUUUCUCGUCAUGAAUCGCGAGAGGCUACCGCUGCUUUUUAGAAAUGUUAAUUCGGAUCUGUCGCUUCUGUUCGCCACGUUAUGUGUCAUCGACAUAUUCGGCGUCUUUCCAAUAAUUGCGUUACCGCGCACGAUCGUUCAAUGCGGUUUGUAUGGGAUUCCUUUAGUUAUUAUCGUUUUGAUGCUACAAAUUUAUACAGCCGUGCUCCUCGGGAAGUCAUGGACAAUUGCAACUUCUCUGGAUCCGCAAAUUUCACGAAAAAAUCGACAUCCGCUUGCUGCUGUGACCGAAUUAACGUUAGGUCCUCGGGCAAGGACUUUGGUCACUAUACUUUUAGAUUUUACUGUUUUUGGUUGCAGUAUACCUAAUCUGCUGGUUGCAUCACAGAAUUUGCAAUUGUUUGGAUUAAAAGUAUCUGGACAACGAUUCGAUCUAUCUUUCUGCUAUUGGCUUCUGCUCGUGGGUCUGCUUUUGUGUCCCAUAAUGUGGCUUGGUAGUCCACGUGACAUGAAAUUGUUGGUGACAAUUUCUUGCGUAAUGGUCAUACUAACGGCAGUUUUAAUAUGGUGGUGUAUAAUUGCCGACGAUCGAGAUCUCGAUGUAUCACCGGUACCCACUUCACCAUCUUGGGAUAAAUUCAUUUCUGGAUAUGGUAUGCUGGCAUUCCAGUUUGACGUUCAUCCUACGUUAAUGACUGUGCAAGUGGAUAUGCGUCGUCCCCAGCAUAUCGACAAAGCUGUUACAAUUUCUUUCUUAGUAAGUGGUUCGUUAUUUGCUAUUACUGCUGGCUUGGCUGUCUGGAGAUACGGUGGUAGUACAACAGCUAAUGUUCUACAAGUGGUCCCAGGAAAUUUCAUUAUGAGCGCAGCUAUUCUACUCGCUGCGCUUCAACUCUGCCUGUCGAGUGCUAUAGGCCACUCCGCUCUAUUUCAGGAUCUGGAGGAUCAAUGGAAUAUCCAGAGAUCUUUUGGAUGGAAAAGAUGCGCGAUACGAUCAGCCGUUGUUCUCCUUGGGGUGGCCGUAGGAGAAUCUGUGCCGAGAUUCGACAUCGUGAUGGCUUUGAUCGGAGGAUCUCUAACCGGUCCACUAGUCUUUGUGCUCCCACCAUUGAUGUAUUCGAAAGCUGUUGCUCUGAAAGCGAGAUCUAUGCGUACAUUGACUCCCGAAGUGUAUUCGUGCUCUGAGAAACGCCAGAGCCUCGGAGGAGGUAUGUCAACUGAUCCAAGGAUUCAUUCGAGAUCGGUUUACUAUGGCGUUUUAGGAGUGCCUAAAACCGAAUGUCAUCGAUACUCGUACGUUUACUAUGACGAUACCGAUGACGAGCUCGACGACGUUAUGGGCUACGAGAACGAUAUCCUGAACACUGAAGAAACCAACGAAGAGUAUGCAAUGACAAGAAGAAACUACGAUGGCGAACCAGUAUUCGUAGAUGCCAGUAGACCCUUUAGAACUUGCAGAAGAAUCACAGUUUCCGAGGAACCAGUCCCCAAGUCAUUUAUAAAUUGCGCUUUUCAAAGAUGGAAUAACUGGUUCGGUUACUUGAUUGUACUAUUCGGUAUUGCUGUCACUGUUUCUUCGACCUACAUUAACAUUAAAAAUACAAUUCGUUAUGUACAAUUCACACCACCGUGCAUCGUGAAUGCUACCGUCGUACAAAAUCCUACUUAAACAAGAGCGUCUUUUACAGAGUAUUAUGUGUUUUAUAGGAGAAAAAUAAUACAAUUGCACAUACUUUUCUGCGUGAUUAUUAUAGGUGUGACCGAUACGAACACAAUCAGUCUUUUAUUACUGUAUACGUGAACGUUUUAUCAAUUAAAUCUGUGAGGACAAACCUGUAUAAGAUCAAAUGUUUUCCCUUUUGGUUUGAUUCGAAAUUUUUUUGCGGGCUUCUAACUUUCAGAAACGUCCGCUGUGUAGCAGUGCCGCACCAACAAAAAUGCGCACUCUCUGAUAAAGCAUGUAGACCUUCGAAUUUUUAUCUCUACAGAAUUUAUAUCUAUGCUAUAUUUAUAUUGAUACUAAAUUCUUAUCUGUUCGAAAUUUCAUAUGUUGCACAGCAGAAAUUUCUGUACGCUAUAGUUCAUUUUUCAUUUUAUAAUCUCGAGUAGAAUGUUUCGUAACAUGCACGUGUUCGUUAGAAUCAGCUGAUUGGAUGAACUAUUCUUAAUCAUGAAGGUUACCUUGAAAAAGCAUUUCUGUGGACGUAUAUAUACGUAUUUCCUGUGAACUAUAGCGAAGUUCUACUGUUUACAGACACGUGUAUCGUUUUUAAGAUUCUCUCGGAUCUCAUUGGAUUUCAUAGCCUUCAUAUGAACGAUUCAUUACAUCACGUUGUUCAACACAUAGACGAAUAUCCAUGGUUCAACAUCUUUUUGAUGAGUAGUGGAAGGGAUAGACCGAACUUGUGACGUUUACCAACCAGAUCUUACGAUUACGAUACUGUCCGCUGUGCUGUGGUCUGCUCAGGUCUGCUGUGGUCCGCUGUCCUGGUCCGUAUCGAACGGAUCCAUUUUGCGCGAUUAACUUCGAUUAUUUCGCUUCUUGUUUCGCUCGUUCUCGAUUGUCAUCAAAGAAAAACUUUUUUUUUUUUAAAAUGAUACCAAACUGCAUCAGAAA